AUGGGGGGAACAAUGAAGAAAAAGCACACGAAAGGUCAGGUUGUUGCGUUUCUCAGUCAAAAACAGGCAAUGAGACGCUUGCAGCUAAACCUUCCUAAUUUCAGACGGCUAUGUAUAUUGAAAGGGAUAUAUCCAGUAGAACCCAGAAGUAGAAAAAAAGUUGGAAAGGGAAACAGUCAACCUAGGGUUUAUUACAAUGCAAAAGACAUAGCGUUUCUGUCACAUGAACCUUUAAUAGAAACGUUUAGGAAACUUCGGAUAUUCCACGUAAAGCUCAAGAAAGCACGAGAAAAGAAAGAUAAAGAGAAGGAGUUUCGAAUAAGGAUAAAUAAGCCAAGAUACACGCUUCAUCAAAUCGUAAAGGAAAGAUACCCUACGAGGCAGGAUGCCCUACGGGAUAUAAGUGACAGCCUUAACUUAUUGUUUCUCUUCGAGAAGCUUCCUAAACUCACCCAAUUCCACCCUUCUUUAAUCUCUAUAAGUCGAAGACUGUGUGUGGAAUUUUUGAAUCUCGUUGUGGCAACACAAGCAGUUCGAAAGGCAUUUAUUAGCAUAAAGGGAUUUUAUGUUCAAGCUGAAAUUGAUGGGAUUCCAGUAGUCUGGAUUAUGCCCCAUGCUUCUGUUACUCACACCCCAACUGAUGUCGAUUACCGUAUAUUGGCAACUUGUCUGGAAUUUGAUGCUACACUUAUUGGGUCUUUGAUGUGUCAUUUGUACCGAAUCAAUAACCUAGUGUACCCCCCAAAACUCGCUGUGCGUGUUGAGCAUGAUCCGAACGGAUACUACUGUGGCCAAAAAGAGAGCCUUUUUGAGUUUAUGUCGUCCCUCAGCUUCCCACUAAAACGCACAGAGCCGCCAAACGAUGUUGACACUGAUGAUUUGACAGAGCUUCAGGCUAUUGAUGAGCAGGUUUCGCAAGCGAUAAGUAAGCAAAUAGAAGUUCAAAACGUGAAAAAACUUUUCAAAAACAAACGGUUUUUCCUUAUGCGUGAAGUUCCACGAGAAGUAAUAUGUUUGAUUAUACGGUCUUGUGGCGGGGAGUGUUCCUGGGAUAAAAUUGUUUCUCCAGGAUAUACAUUCCAAGAAGAUGAUCCUACUAUUGACUAUCAAGUAGUAGAUCGUCCGAUGACAGAUAUGAAAUUGACACGUUAUUAUGUCCAACCACAGUGGGUUUUCGACUGUUUAAAUGCAGGGAGACUGCUGCCAACACAAGAUUACUUACCGGGUUGUAGUCUCCCACCUCAUUUAAGUCCGUUUAUUGGAAGUUCCGGUACUGAUGAACUUUUAGACACUGCAGUUAUGUCACUUUCAAACCGUGGUGGACUUGUCGGUGUUGCUCCUGGAUUUGGGGAUGGUGCAUCCAUCUAUCGUCCACCAGAGGCUGAUUACCUUGCUGGUUUGGUGAGUCUGGCUGAAAUCCGUGGAGCUAGAGUCCAAGCCCAGUCUGAAGGCACUAUCGAGAGCCAGUCAGAAGUGGAUAACGACCUUUUGGAUGAUUCUUCCACUAAAGAAAAAAAUGAUUUAAAAACCAAUGUACAGACAAAGGAGCGAUCUAAACUUAAGAAAGUUUCAAAAGGUAAGGAACCCAAAGUAACACCUGGUCGAGCUGAAAGCAAAACAGUUAAGAUGUACAAAGAAAAGGAGGAAGCAAAUGCUGAACGUGAGUUAAGGGAGUUAAUGUUGCCAAAAAAACACAAAAAUGUAUAUAAGAAAAUGGUACAUUCUAUCAAGCGAAAAGAAAAAGAAGCGCGCCAGUUAAAAGCAAAACGACGUCGAAUUGACAUGGGAACUGGAUGA